AUGGAUGUGAGGGAUGGCGAGCCGGAUUUUAUAAAUUCCCAAGCUCAGGAAAGAACCAACGCAUUGAAGUUUCUGAAGGCAUUAAUCAUUGUAGAAGGGUUUCUAAAGGUCCUCAAGAUCGUUACCAGCUUCAUUAUACUCUUUCUUACGAGAAACGAAAAGUGUGAAGUUCCCUUAAAACUUUUUCUGCUUGUAUACAUGGUAAUAACAAUAGCCAAGUUCGGGAUAUUCAUGUCGAAAAACCUCCCAUUCUUUAGAAUCAGUAGAAUACCAGAGUACAGGGAGAACACAGACAUAACCCUGUUUUCCAACUUCAUAGAAGCUCUUCUUUUGUUCUGGUACCUCAUCGGGUUCAACUGGAUUCAAGAAUGCGAAAAUUGUAAUGUUGCAAAUCCAUUGCUGUACUAUACGACGGUUGUGUUUGUAGGACUUGGAUUUGUGGCCUUCAUUGCCCCUCUCCUGGCCAUUGUUUUGCUUCUGUUCCUCAUAACAUUUGUGAAGCCAAAGCUCCAGGAGGUUAUGUAUAAGGACCAAAAUGAUGUUUCCGAUGACACAUACCAUUGUGCAAUAUGCUUUGAUAACUACAUUCCGGGAAUCAAGCUGAAGCUCCUCCCGUGUGGCCAUCAUUUCCAUCAAGAGUGCAUAGACGAAUGGCUAGAUUUGAAGGAUACCUGCCCUCUUUGCAAAAGAAACAUCAAUCUGUUGUACGACUUGAUUGAUCCUCCCGAGUACGAUGUUUGA